AUGGAGGUCCCCGAGGGCUGGUCCACCUCUGCCGCGGAGGAGAGGACAGCCCUGCUCACAACGCCCACCUCCCCUGGGGUCCUGACUCUGGGUCUCAUCCUGCAGGGUGGGCGCAGCAGCGGGGGCUCCGCUGGGGCCAGAGGGAAUGGCUGGGACCUAGGUUACAGAGUGACCGCCAGAGCUCAGGAGAGGGGGGCCCAGAGCAGGAACCUUGAGCCUGGAUGCUGCCAGGUCCUCUGA